GAGCCUGCCCUGCCUCGGCCAGACACACGCGCCCCGCCGCGGGGCAGCCAAGUUCUCAGCCGAGGCCUUCCCCCCCCCUUCCCCGCUGCUGUGAUAUUGGUGGCAGCGCUUCAAGUUUCUGCCCGCUGCGGAUGAGGGGAGUGAAAACGAAGCGGAGCCGAGGCACACGGAGGAAAAUGCCGCGGCCGCCGACGUGGAAACGCGCAACCCGCCCUCCGGGGGGGGGGGGGGGCACACGACAAACACCCCGCCCCAAGGGCCUGCGAGCCCCUUUGUGGUACAGCCCGCCAAAUCCCCCCAGCGCCAGCGGAGAAACGGGAACACGCCCACCCUGCAAACCCCCCUCCCCCCCCGGAGGUGGCAAUGCGUCCCGCUCCUCCAGGGGACACUUGAAACUCUGCCUGGGAGGGAAGCGGCCUCCAGGAAAGGAGUCGGUCCUGGACACAAUCCCCCGGAAGCGCACGAGACUGACAGCCCCGCACCGAGCACAAACUUUGCAGACCUCCGGCAUCGAAAGCUGUCAGUGGGGGAGGAGCAAGUGGGCGGGCCGUAGCGCCCCGGCCGAGCCCACCGACCGCCGCAGUGCAGCAAGCCCGGGGGUUACGAUGGCCCCGCCCCAGUUAGGGUCAGCCUGACGUCGAACAAUGCCACGCAGCCAGGGUGGGGGGCGGGAGUCUCUUACUCUGGGGCUGCGCUAGGAACCUGAGUCAGAGCAAGGCUGCGAGGGACCGUUUAGCAAGCAUGACUUUCGGAGUCAAACUGGUUUUUUUCUUACACGCUUUUUGUCUUCUUACGAGCCACACGCACGGACAAAAGAAAGAGGAUGCCACUGCCGAGGAAGUUAAAAUAGAAGUCUUGCACGUGCCCAAAGAAUGCAAGCCGAAGAGCAAGAAGGGGGAUCUGCUUAAUGCACAUUAUGAUGGCUACCUGGCCAGUGAUGGAUCCAAGUUUUAUUGCAGUCGGACACAAAAUGAAGGUCACCCAAAGUGGUUUGUUCUGGGUGUUGGACAAGUCAUAAAAGGAUUAGAUAUUGCUUUGACGGAUAUGUGUCCUGGAGAAAAACGGAAAGUGACAAUUCCACCAUCAUUAGCAUAUGGAAAGCAAGGCUAUGCACAAGGCAAGAUUCCACCUAAUGCAACAUUGAUAUUUGAGAUUGAACUGUAUGCAGUGAAUAAAGGACCACGCAGUGUUGAAGCAUUUACUCAAAUAGACAUGGACAGUGACAAGAAACUCUCUCGAGAUGAGAUAAGCCAUUAUUUGAAGGAGGAAUUUGAAAGAGAUGGUAAAAAACGUGAUGCAUCAGUUCACGAUUCUAUUUUAGCCGAUAUAUUUAAGAAGAAUGACCAUGACGGAGAUGGCUUCAUAUCUGCAAGGGAGUACAAUGUCUAUCAGCAUGAUGAACUAUAGCAAAUUAUUUCUAAAAUCUCCUGGCUGCUUUCUGUACCCUAGAUUUAAAGAAUUUCUAAAAUGAACUUUCAUUUCGUCACAUGACGCUUUACAUUUUUUUUUAUGGUAAAUUUUUAUACCUUUUAAGAUGAGUGUUAAAAAUCUUACCAGUAACAUUUCAGUAAUAGACUGUGGUAUAUUUUACAAAAGAAAUAAAAUUAUAAAAA